AUGACACUCGUAAAAUUGCGGAUCGCAUACAACGGACAGUCGGACGCACUGUUGACUGACCUGACGGUAGAGGAGGCCCUCAAAUACGCGUCUGAAUUAAAAACAAAACAAUCAAAACGUUAUGACUUUUUCGAUGAAAACCACGAACACUACCGUAUGUCACAACAUAACGGCACCCGACAUACCGGUGCCAAACAACUCGACCCAAUCAAACAGCCGCUAACCUCAGCCAAACACCCGUCCCAUACCGUAAACGUACGCAAUAUGCUAGAGGUGUUUGGUCUGAUGGGCUGUCGACGGGUGACCACCGGUGCCAUCAGUGGUGGGCAGAAGAAACGGCUGUCCAUCGCAUUGGAGCUGAUAUUCUCGCCUAAUGUGUUACUAUUGGACGAACCGACCACAGGGUUGGACUCCGUGUCGUCCUAUCAGUGCCUGUCAUUGUUGAAGACCCUGUCCUACAAUAGGGAACCGCUAGUAAUCGCCGCGUCUAUACAUCAGCCGACGGCCCGAUUGCUGGCCUUUUUUGAUCACAUUUACGUGCUUUCAGUGGACGGCCGGUGUGUUUAUAGCGGGCCCACAGACCGACUCAUUGCCCACUUGUCGUCGUUUGGCUUUCACUGUCCGUUAAUUGUAUAUCACAAUCCGGCCGACUAUGUCAUAGAGAUAUCCAGUGGCGGACACGGAUCCCAAGCUAUCGAUUCGUUGGCCGAAUAUGAGAGCGAAAGGUUGACCGAAAAACUGGACAAAAUGCAAAUGUGCGGACACGAGUCGAUCGGAGGGCGGGUUUUAGGAAAAAACUUAGGCCAACAUUGCGAACGUAAGCGCACAGCGGGUGAACAAUGGCGAGACUUAUGGAUAUUAGUAAAACGUGCCCAUCGAGUGUCUGUACGCAAUCCAUUGGUCGUAUGGCUACGAGUGCUGGCUCUGGCCAUAUCACUGGCCACCAAAUUCAUGGUCUACUCUCAGGCCCGGGCGGGCAAGUCGUCGGACGGCGGGUGCGCUGACAUAGACUCAGUGUUUGCGAAGAUGCGAUCAGUUGUGGUGAAGGAGAAUACAAUGCAAAGAACUUUCAAGAAUAUACAGAAUGUGUCAUAUAUAUUGUCGACUACAAUGUUCAUUCAUUUUGUUACUAUUGCGCCCACAUUGAUGACAUUUCCUUUGGAAUUGAAUACUUUCAUGAAGGAACAUUUCAAUAAAUGGUACACAACGUGGUCGUAUUUCAUGGCCCGGUCGGUGGUUGACGUACCGGUAGUGGUGGGCAUACCUAUGGUAUACGCGACCAUAAUGUGGUGGAUGACAAACCAGGAGUGGGACGUAUGGAGAUUCUCAUUAAUGAUGUUGGUCAUGGUAAUGGUGGCACUCGUGUCGCACAGUAUGGGUCUACUGUUAUCAUCAUUUUUCAUCAAUAACAUCCGGGCCAGUUUGCUAUCGUUCACCAUAUUUAUAGCACCGUUUCUACUGUUCAGCGGUGCACUCAUACCUAUUCGGACAAUGCCUUCAUAUUUGCAGACUUUCUCCUAUUUAUCAAUUUUUAGUUUGAAUUCAGGUAUGCUAAUAAUACUGUACGGCUUCAACCGCUGUCCGUCCGGUGUUUUACCCCCGAUAACAAUGGAUAGGUUUGGCGCAGAGUUUGGGCUAAAUAUGAAUCAAUUGAAUGAAUGCCUGUCUGAGUCCGACUCACUGACCAAUGUUACGCACAAUACUCUCAGAUCUGUUAACCGUAUGAUUGCCGCAGAAAAUCCGUCCAAAAUGCUCGAGUGGUUCGCUCUCAAGGAUUCGGAUCUCUGGAUAAGUAAUUACUCAAUUGCCAAGAAAUGUAAACUAGUAUGGAUGAGAGGAAGUAAUAUCUAA